UCCAUGGCGGCGGCGGCGGCGGGGCCGGUGUUCUGGAGGCGGCUGCUGGGUCUGCUGCCGGGCCGGCCCGGGUUGGCCGCGCUCCUGGGGCGCCUGUCCGACCGCCUGGGCAGGAGCCGGGACCGCCGGCGCAGGUGAGGGCGGCCCCCGCCGUGGCCGCGAGCCCUGGAGGCGGCGCUGGGCGCGCCCCGGGCGCCGGCGAGCUCCGGGCGGCGGCGGAGCCCGGCGGGGGCCGGGGGAGCGCGUGGACGGCGGGUCCGGGUCCCGUCCGGGUCCGGGGCGUCUCUGCCUUAGCCUGCCGGGAGCCGGCGUGGCGGGAGUGAAUCAGCCAGCCCGCCGGCGGCGGGCGCGCGCGGCCCUGCUCACAUCCUGCCCGAGAGGGCUGUUGGGCAAUCCUGAGUCAGUGACGCUCGGGCCCGGGAAGAGGAACCGCUCGAGAGCCCGGUCACGCUGUUCCAGGGCCUGCGUUCUGGAAAAACACUGAAGUCGCCAUGGCUGCUGUUGGCUCCCUUGCUAUCUCCAGCUGUCCCGCAGGCCACCUCCCCACCUUGCUGCCUGUGUCCAGAGGGUGUGCACCGGUUCCAGUGGAUCCGAAGCCUGGUUCCAGAGUUCGGUGUCUGCAGCUCUCAUGUCAGAGUGCUGUCCUCCCCAGCAGAGUUCUUCCAGCUCAUGAAGGCAAGAAGAACUCUCGCACAAUGUUGCUUCCACUCCUGCAGAGGUUUCCAGAGCAAGUGCGCGUAUCCCUCUUCCACACGCCCGAUCUGCGGGGGCUUCUCCGGCUCCUCGUCCCUGAGCGCUUCAACGAGACCAUUGGCCUCCAGCACAUCAAAGUGUACCUCUUUGAUAACAGUGUCAUCUUGAGUGGUGCAAACCUGAGCGACUCCUACUUCACCAACCGCCAGGACCGCUACGUGUUCUUGCAGGACUGUGCAGAGAUUGCCGACUUCUUCACAGAACUGGUGGAUGCCGUGGGGGAUGUGUCCCUGCAACUGCAGGGGGACAACACAGUACAGGUGGUGGACGGGAUGGUGCAUCCUUACAAAGGUGACCGGGCUGCAUACUGCAAGGCAGCCAAUAAGCGGGUCAUGGAUGUGAUCCACUCAGCCAGGACCCGCCAGCAGAUGCUGCAUGCUCAAACCUUCCAUGGGGACUCCUUGCUGACACAGGAGGAGGCAGCAGCUGCUGGAGAUCGGAGACCAGCACCCGAUACCUGGAUUUAUCCACUGAUACAGAUGAAGCCCUUUGAGAUCCAGAUUGAUGAGAUUGUCACAGAGACCCUGCUGACUGAGGCUGAGCGAGGUGCUCGGGUCUACCUUACAACGGGCUACUUCAAUCUGACCCAGGCCUACAUGGACCUGGUCCUGGGCACACGGGCAGAGUACCAGAUCCUGCUGGCCUCUCCAGAGGUGAAUGGCUUCUUUGGAGCCAAGGGGGUGGCAGGUGCCAUCCCUGCAGCCUAUGUGCACAUCGAGCGGCAGUUCUAUAGAGAGGUGUGCAGCCUGGGGCAGCAGGAGCGGGUUCAGCUGCAGGAGUACUGGCGGAGGGGCUGGACGUUCCACGCCAAAGGCCUCUGGCUGUACCUGGCAGGGAGCAGCCUGCCCUGUCUCACGCUGAUUGGCUCUCCUAAUUUUGGGUACAGGUCAGUUCACCGGGACCUGGAGGCCCAGAUCGCCAUCGUGACAGAGAGCCGAGCCCUGCAGCAGCAGCUCCACCAGGAGCAAGAGCAGCUCUACCUGCGGUCAGGUGUGGUGUCCUCUGCCACCUUUGAGCAGCCAAGUCGGCAGGUGAAGCUGUGGGUGAAGAUGGUGACUCCACUGAUCAAGAACUUCUUCUGAGGACACCAGGGAUGGCCUUGAUGAAGAUGACGGGCAUGGCUGGCGUCAGCUCCUUCAGACGUGCUUCCGUGAUGACUCCGGUCUGGGUGUCCCAGCGAGCUCCUGCAGGGACGGCAUGGCCAAGGGUCAGGGCAGCCCUGACGUGGCCAGCAAGUCUUGUCUGCGUGCUGGCAGUGAGGGAGGGGCACACGGGGAGAGAGGCCCAGCCUCACACCCCACCCUUUGCGAGGAGGCCAGCGCCCUGAGACUCCUGAGGAGUUGAGGCCAGAGCCAGGGGCAGGGGGUGCAGGUGUCCGCAGAGCACGCUGUGGUGAAGGCGGCACGUCUGCCUGCCCUGUGCAUCUCGCUCUGCGCUGAGGAACAGCUCCACACUAAGGCUCCUGGGUGCCAUCUGUUGACACCUGGGGUGUGUCCAGAGCUUCGUCUGUCGGCUUUCUCACUCUGUAGCAAGAAGUCCUAACCCAGCUGAAGCACAGCGUUCCCUGACCGCUCCUGUUGGCGCCUGCCCCCUGCAAACGUGUGCAGUGUACGUGACUAUAUAUGUGCAUAUGGAAAUACUCUGCCUUGAACCAGACCGCGGCCAUUUCUACUCAUCAUGUUCAAUGAUGUUCGUAUUUUCUGUCUGGAAUUCCAAAAUAAACGUGGGGAACGGC